CACAGCCAUCAUACCGAAAGCGAAAAAUCAGGACUCAGUCCUCUGGCCCUCUCUCGCUCUCUCUGUCUCUUUCUCUUCUCGGUAAGAACGGUGACUCCGAGAGUGUAAAGGCUUAUCGGAAAGAAGAAAGAAGAAGAGAUGGAAGAGAGUCUACUAGCAAAAGACAGAGAGGAGAAACCAGAGAAGCUUAUCACAUGGAUCAGUUGGAGUCAAGAAGUGAAGAGAAUCGGUUACAUAGCAGGACCUGUCAUUCCUGUUCUCUCUUCCCAGUUCUUUCUUCAGAUUAUUUCAAUCAUGAUGGUUGGUCACCUCGAUGAGCUCUCUCUCGCCGGCACCGCCUUAGCCAUGUCCAUCGCCACCGUCACCGGUUACAGUUUUCUCGUGGGAAUGGCAAGCGGGCUAGAAACUCUGUGUGGGCAAGCAUAUGGAGCUAAGCAGUAUAAAAAACUAGGAAUGCUAACAUACACUGCCAUAUUUUCUCUCAUAUUUGUUUGUGUUCCACUAUCUCUCGUUUGGAUCUACAUGGAAAAGAUCCUAGUUUUCAUAGGUCAGGAUCCUCUGAUUUCACAUGAAGCAGGAAGGUUCACAACCUGGCUUGUUCCUUCACUUUUUGGAUUUGCAUUUCUGCAACCUCUAAUCAGAUAUUACCAAAUGCAAAGCUUGGUUAUUCCCAUGCUUAUGAGCUCUUCUACCACUCUUAUUCUUGAUAUCCCACUUUGUUGGGCUUUGGUGUUCAAGUCUGGGCUUAACAGUGUUGGUGCAGCACUGGCAAUUGAUAUUUGUAUAUGGGCAAAUGUGAUUGUUCUUGCAUUAUACAUGACACACUCUACCACUUGUGAAAAGACAAGAGCUCCUAUUUCCAUGGACCUAUUCAGAGGAAUUGGGGAGUUCUUGAGGUUUGCUGUCCCUUCUGCAGUUAUGAUGUGCCUAGAAUGGUGGUCAUUUGAGCUGCUAAUCUUGGCGUCAGGGCUAUUACCAAAUCCACAACUUGAAACUUCAGUUCUAUCAGUAUGCCUCAACACCCUCUCUACGCUCUACACCAUUCCUUAUGGAAUUGGUGCUGCAGCAAGUACAAGGAUUUCAAAUGAACUAGGAGCAGGGAAUCCAGAUGCUGCACGAGUGGCCGUGGUAGCAUCAAUGUCACUAGCAGUGUUAGAGACAACAGUCAUAAGCACAACCCUGUUUUUCUGUCGUCGUCUUUAUGGUUAUAUUUUCAGCAAUGAGAAUGAAGUUAUUGACUAUGUGGCUGUCAUGGCUCCUCUGGUUUGUGUUUCUGUUAUAUUGGACGGCUUACAAGGUGUUCUCACGGGGAUUGCUAGAGGAUGUGGAUGGCAACACAUUGGGGCUUACAUCAACCUUGGAGCCUACUAUCUUUGUGGCAUUCCAGUGGCUGGCAUAUUGAGUUUCUGGGUAAAGAUGAGAGGAAAAGGCCUUUGGAUUGGCAUUCAAUUUGGCUGUUUCGUGCAAACUGUUCUUCUUUCAAUCAUUACAUGCCGUAUAAAUUGGAAACAGAAGGCCAUCGAUGCAAGGAGGAGGCUUUUUGAAGAACAAUUUGCUGUGGAAAAUGGACUCGUCUGAGCAGGUGAAACUUGGUUACAAAGUGGUUGUACUCACCUUUCUAUUUAACAUUUUAGAGGUACUAUUUUCGAGCAGGACAAAGGGAAAGCAUUAGAGGCUUGGAAACUCGAUUUCCUACUGUAGGCCUCUUGUAAUUUUAAUUGCAUAUAUAUAUAAUUAAUUGAUAUUGUCAAUUAGGAUGUUCAAAUUUUGUUAUACUUGUACCAUUGAAUAUUGAGUAUUUCAAUGUGUAUUUUAGACUCUAGUACGUGUGGUAUCUUUUUAUUGAGAUAUUUAUGCAAAGUCAAAAUAUUUAUGUAAAUAAGAAGUGAGUAUAUUUGUGAAUAAUGAUAAUUUAGAUGUGAAA